CCAUGCUCCUCUGUUUUGGCCGAGACCUAAGACCAAUCCCACUUGGUUUAGGUCUCGAAAAAGACGAGGUGUGGCCUUCCGAGAGGCCUCAAACACAACACACAGGUGCCCAUCUUCGCUUCUCUUCACAGAAACGAAUGGUAAAGCAAGAAACUGGACUCCAAGGAAACGAAAAAGGAGAGAGAGAGAGAGUAAUGAGUAGCGGUGUAGCAGUACCUCUGUGAAAUUUGAAAGAUGGGUUCUUCGGCCGAGACUGGGAUCCCCCAUUUGGAAACAGAAGACUUGUUUGGCGAUCAGAAGAAGCGCGUCAGAAACCCCCUCGUACCAAUCGGUGCCCUUUUAACUGCAGGGGUUCUUACUGCAGGCUUGGUCAGUUUCAGGCAAGGGAAUUCUCAGUUGGGUCAGAAACUUAUGAGAGCUCGUGUGGUUGUCCAAGGAGCCACUGUUGCACUAAUGGUCGGUACUGCUUAUUACUAUGGGGAAAAAUUAUAGUGGGAUUUUAACUUCUCCUGGGAUAUGAUAAUGCUGUAAUGAAUCUAAAAUUAUUCUUGUCAGUUUCUUCUCUUCAUUGAAUCAUGAAAUGAUACCUAUGUUGAUGGAUUUUUCAUAGGUUUAAUCAAAUAAAAAGGAAAUUUUGGAUAAGAAAUUUCUGAAGAAGAUUAAUUUAGAGCAAUACGAAGAUCAUUCUAUGCA